AGGCACACCUAGUUCCUCUUUUGCUGUCCACGUUGAAAAACGGUUUAAUCGUUUUCAGUUCAUAUUAAACUCUCUCUGGAUAUCGUAUCCAGAUCAGCAAUGAGGAAUCUCGUCUGGGUUAUUCUGCUCAUUGCAGCUGCACGUGCAGAUGUAUACAAAUUAUGCGCAACCGAUACGAUAAGCGAGGGUUCGUGUUACAACGUGCAACGAAGCGACAACGAAGUGGUGAAGUGUUUGCGAGUGGCAGACAGUGCUGAGUGUGCUAUUCGCUUAGCUCAAGGCGAGGCCGAUUUCGGUAUUUUUAAUACAGAAGAGUUGUUACUAGCAUACCAAUUCUACCCUAAUGACAUCCAACCUAUUAUUCAACUGAGACAUAAGGACAGGCAGGAAGAGGAGUUUGAAUUUCAAACGGUGGCAGUGGUUCCCAAAAGUCUAACGCAGAAUACCGUACUUCCUGAGGAGCGUCUCAAAUUGUUAAAAAAUGGUGGCUUUUGCCAUCCUGGUUUUAGCAAAUCUCAAUGGUGGAAUAAUUAUAUUCUCAAGUACUUUGAAAAUUACGUAAAUCCUCCGCAAUGCCACGAUGACGUAACCGUUAUUGAGAACGAGAUCAGAAAUCUCAGGAACUUCUUUGGCAAAGCUUGCAGACCAGGCGAUUGGACCGGUGACGAAACUCUUAAUGAAGAACUAAAGAGAAAGUAUCCGGAAUUGUGUGCUCUUUGUGACAACACAGCAGAUUGCAGUUAUAAUGAUGACGAGCAUCACGGACAUAUCGGAGCUUUGGAAUGUUUAACUCGUGGCGAUGGUAAAGUGGCAUACGUAGCGCUUAAAUAUGUUCAAGAAUACCUCAAAACAAAUGAGUCGUACGAGUUUUUAUGUCAAAAUGGCAACGUUCUUCCUCUAUCCACUCCAAAUCCUUGCGCGUGGAUCAAACAACCAUGGAGCGUCGUCGCAGCGAAAAAAGACAUUGCAGACACUCUUAAGCCCAAGUUGUUGUCAUGGUUGAAAAAUCCAGAAGAAGAUUGGAAAAAGGCUUUAAGUGCAAUUAUACAAGAGGAUAGCUGGGCCUUCGAAAUGAACAGACAAUCUGUAAAUACGUAUUUGAGCAACGGGAGAAUAACCGACCUCGACAGUAUUCAAACCUGUGGCAAGCACAUUCGUUGGUGCACGAUUGGUGAUCUGGAGACCAACAAGUGCAAAUGGGUGGCAAAAGCGGCGAAAGCUCUUGGUGUGUCACCGAGUAUUUCUUGCAUCAAGUCAACUUCCACAUUUCAAUGCUUCCGCGAUAUAGAAGAAAAUCAAACAGACAUAAUGACCAUCGAUUCCAACUAUGGCUACCUCGCGCGAACAGCUUACGGUCUGUCCACGAUUCUAUACAGCGAAACCGAAAUGGAUAAGAAUAGCAUGAUACUCGCGGUGAUGCGAGAGCCUACUGACAGCAAUUACCCUGUAAAGAGCUUUUACGAUAUAAAGGACAAAAGAGCGUGUUUCCCUGAGUACGGAGGACUCAGUUGGUUGAGUUUUGUCAAUAUCGCCAGAACACACGGUGUCAUCUCGUCCAAAUCCUGCGACUAUCCACGGUUGGUCUCCAAACUGUUGUCUGGCGCUUGCACCCCCGGAAUAAAAGAUUCCGAUCACUCGCGCACCGACGUGCCCUCGGGUAUAGCGUCGAAACUUUGUUCGGCUUGUAUAAAUAUAAAUAAUACAUCCUGCGCGACAAACAAAACUAAUCGCUAUUAUGGAGACAGAGGAGCCAUGCGAUGUAUUAAUGAAGAAGCCGGCGACAUAGCAUUUAUCGAGAUGGCAAAUGUUCUCAGUGAUAAACACUUUCAUUCGAAUAAGUAUUCCGACUAUCGCAUUUUGUGCAAAAAUGGAAGUUUGGCCCAAUAUCCAGGAUUUUAUGUCGAUGAGAUCUGCGCACUGUCGGUGACAAUCGACAGCGAGGUCAUUGGUCGUAAAAAGGAUGUCUCGGAAAUCUCUAGGACGAAUACUAUUCUGGCUUUAUUAAAAAUGGAAGAUUGGCUAGGAUAUCGCGUAAAUGCUCGAAGACCAAUUCACAUUUACGGACCAUUCAACGGCACAUUAGAUCUUCUUUUCAAAGAUUCCUCGUCGGGUUUGCUUCCUACAUCAUCGACAAAGAAAUCAGUGCUUGCCUAUAAAGAACUUUUCAGUCACGUCGAAGCAUGUAAUAAUGGUUCUUUCGCCACCGUUAAUUUCGUUUUUAUAGCCCUGCUCGCACUUUACCACCUUCUUUUCAGUCACGUACAUUAAUUUUCUCUGCAUCAUUAAUUUCGAUAUUUCACAAUAUUUACGUAAUACGCGAUUGUCACAUAUACCUUUAAAUAUUUUUUAUCUGCUAAGCAACUUUUAUACCCUUUUUAAAGAAUAAAAGUAUCAGUAUCAUUUCUUGAGAGAUUAUAAUAAAAAAAUUAUUAUUACUUUUCUAUA